GUCAGCAAAGCAAAACGAUGUUAUCAUUGCCUCGAAGAUGUAGGUUCGGGUGAUGACAUUGCGUUGUGUAACAGCAACCAGAUUUCGUUGCCUUGUUUUUAUCGACAAUUUCCCACUGUUGGAGAAGGUCAAUGCUUUACCGCAGCAGGGAGGUUCAAGUACCUGGACGGGUCCGAGGUUAUUCACACAGGUAUAGCACGAGGAUGUAUUGACUGCAGAGGUAAGAGAACUUGACAGCGGAUAUCUGUGAAUAUCGACCAUAGGUAGGAAAUAUAAAAUCUUGCAAUCUUGGUAUUUUUAAUUGCGGGCGACAAGAGGAGUCCGUAAUCCUAAUCUCCAGGUUGUAAUUACGCAUGCGUCGCAUGUAGCCAGCAUUUGUUUAGACUUACACUAAGAAUGAUUGGAAUGCACAGAACGCAAUUUGACCACUCGUGUUUAGACCUUCUAUCACUUGCAAUCUGAUCACGCGUGCUUUGGCGCGGGCGUCAAGUUAAGGCGCUUCAUAUCCCCGCCCCCCCCCCUCCCCCAUUUUCUUUUUGGGGGCCUGUAAUACGAGAUGCAAAAAGAUCUCGAUUUGAAACUAAUUCAAAUAUCAUUCAACCUACAAAGCUUCUGAACGUACAGAGUAUAAGCGUAAUUUUAACACACAUUUUGAGUGGUUAUUUUGUCUGAUUUUAUUUUCUUCAAAACGGAUACAGCUAUAAUGAUGAUAUGCCUUCACCCUUUUGCUUUUAUAUACUCGAUGUUUGGAUACCUCCAUCAGAUGCGAGCAUUAACGCUACUGUUUUGAAACUAUUACUUUGCUUGUUGUCUUUUUUACAGACAAAGCAGCAGCUUGUGGAACAUUAAGAGCCGCUUUUGAUACACAGCCUCAAAACUGGACCUUGCUGGAUUGUAACAUUGAGUGCUGUACUGGCCAUAACUGUAACAACCAGAACGUCACUGUGGUUCCUCCAACAGCCGCUUCAACUCCAACUCCUUCAACUCGACCUACAUCUGAGCCACAUGGUAAUUCUUGUUGUAAUAUGUCAAAAACAAGGGCAAGCACGAAGCCCGAGUUUUUGACAUGUCUACUUAAAUGAAACUAUAAGAAAUUAUGCAGUGAUGUGCUUUCUCUGGUAUUGCAUUGUUUCCAUGAGUUGUGUUAAUCAAUAAAACAUCUCAGUGAAAUGCAAGUGUUUGAGCUCAGAUGAAAAACAUGUUUCAUUUCAAAUGAAAACCCGGUGGUGUUUUAUCUGGUGUUUCAUUACGUAUCAAAAUUCAUCCACCUGACCCAAAUGGUCGUCAUUUAUUGGCUUUUGACUGCAUGAGUAAUUAAUGAGUUUAAAAAUUGCUUGUUUAAAAUUCGCCUCGGCCAAUCAAUAUAGUGACAUGGAAUGAAACAGGUCCUAACUGAUAUCAGCCCGUUUUCUAGCGCCAAGCAAUCUUUUAAAGGUCAUGAUGACCACAUCAUUGAGGUUUUCGUACCUUUACGAGAGCAGUAUGGGCUCUUUAACUUUCUUGAUAAUCCUUGUUUCUGUAGGUUUUUGAUGUACCAGUUAUAGAUCGCGGCAAAAGGCAGCAGCAUUACAUCGCGCUACAACUAAAUCUUCAACCCAUUUCUCUCGUGCAUCAGAUUCGCCCCAACCAAACCUCAGCUUCUUCCACCUUCACAGACUCGAAAGGGUUAACAUAAAUUUCGGAUUUGGAUUCACAGAAUCCUUUUGAAAACAACAACAAUAACAACAAACAACCAAACAACAUCGGCUUUUAUUCUUUCAGGAAGCCGAUAUUGGUAACAACAAAUCUUCCUGGUUGGGUGCCCCAAACGCUGAAAGCGCACUUUCACAAUGCCCUGAAUUAUACCUUGUCGCAAAGUGGCGUAUUAAAGCAUACGGCUGUUUAUUUAUUUAUUUGUUUAUUUUCUUUUCCUUUUUGCUCUUGUUACGCUAACAACGUUAGACCGCAACUUGUAUCCACACGGUCCAGAACAGCAUGAUAACGAGAUUACUGAAGAUACCUUCUACCACAUAUACGGCUGCAACAGAAUCGAUGCUGACCGGUUUGGAAUCCCAUUUUUCAAAAAAAGGCAUAGCAAAGUGCAUGUAAGUAUUUUUCUUAUACACCUUAUUCCAAAAAUUGCAGCAAUAUUCCUUAGCUUUUCUUUUAUAUUUACACUAAUUAUUUAUUCAAAUGAACUUUUUUUCUUGAAACGAGGUAUUGAGAGCCAAUUAUCGUAAUAACAAAAUAAUAACAAAAUUUACCGCCAAUUUGGAAUAACGUGCAUUGGCACUAUUCGUCCUUUGAACAACUCUGUGCCUGGCACUAGUAGUUCAAAACGUGAAUAACGGCAUAAUCUACCGAUUAGAUUUUAACAGACUUUUAUCCAUUGCGUAGCACAAUUGGUUUCAAUAGAUAAUUUAUCCGGGAGAUAUAGAGCUAUCAGACGUUAAACAACCGGUGCCAGGUUUUUAGUCCUUACCAACAACCCUGCCUGGUUUGUACUUGUUCAAGGCCAGAGUGAUUCUGCGUACCUUAUUUACCCUAAGCAGGAAUUGUCACACUUGUUACAAUGCAGUAAUCUGGAUCGGUUUCAUAGGAAAGUACAUUAUUGCAAUUAUGAUUAUGAUUAUGAUUAUGGUUAUGAUUACUAUCAUCAUUAUUCUUAUUAUUAUUCGUUUUUUUAUUAGAUUUGCGCCAACGGUAAAAUCCAAUUUGAAGAUCAAUGGAGUUAUUUCUGGCCCCAAAAAUUUGGCAGGGCUUACUGGUGGAUGAGAAAUAGGGCGAUUAUUGCCCCAUUUUGGGCGGCAGUGGACGAGUAUGUGGCAUUUAAAGUUAAUCAUUCGAGGGUUUAUUACCAAGUUUACUCACACACGAAGCCGAAAGGCAAUCGAACNUAAUCUACCGAUUAGAUUUUAACAGACUUUUAUCCAUUGCGUAGCACAAUUGGUUUCAAUAGAUAAUUUAUCCGGGAGAUAUAGAGCUAUCAGACGUUAAACAACCGGUGCCAGGUUUUUAGUCCUUACCAACAACCCUGCCUGGUUUGUACUUGUUCAAGGCCAGAGUGAUUCUGCGUACCUUAUUUACCCUAAGCAGGAAUUGUCACACUUGUUACAAUGCAGUAAUCUGGAUCGGUUUCAUAGGAAAGUACAUUAUUGCAAUUAUGAUUAUGAUUAUGAUUAUGGUUAUGAUUACUAUCAUCAUUAUUCUUAUUAUUAUUCGUUUUUUUAUUAGAUUUGCGCCAACGGUAAAAUCCAAUUUGAAGAUCAAUGGAGUUAUUUCUGGCCCCAAAAAUUUGGCAGGGCUUACUGGUGGAUGAGAAAUAGGGCGAUUAUUGCCCCAUUUUGGGCGGCAGUGGACGAGUAUGUGGCAUUUAAAGUUAAUCAUUCGAGGGUUUAUUACCAAGUUUACUCACACACGAAGCCGAAAGGCAAUCGAACCAGUCAUAUUCUCAAUAUGGCCUCCCAGCACGUACAAAUCUACGAUGGAAGUGGAAAGUUUCACAACUUCUCAGCGACGUGGGUUCUUGUUGUGACUUGGAAAGAUCUAUGUCCGUUCUUCUACUAUGGUUUACCUCGGCUGCAGUGUCGUUGGGUAAGUUUUUUACGAUUUCGCAACUGUAGCCUAAUUUUUAAGUGCUUACGCGCUUAAAUUUACUUACAUAAAUGAAAUAGAGGUGAUGUAUGAAACUAAAUGCGUAAACGUAAAAAAUGAGCGAGGUUUAACUUUGACGCUUACGAGUGACACCUCUCCGCUUACAUUGCUUCUAUUUAACUUACGGGUGUAAAAUUUACGUGCUUACGCGCGUAAAAAUAACGCGAAAGUUGAAAUCCACCCUUAAGGUUUAAUAAAAUUUAUAGGGAAAACAAUGGUUAAACCAGGACCGCUUAAUCCGAUUUAGUUGGGAGACAGUACCUCUUGACGACCAACGAGUGCACGAGAAUUUGCCAAAAAUUAUGUUGAAAUGUUAUUUCUAUUUCUAUAGUUAUUAAAACGACACAACCUUUAUUCGCAGAACAACACUUUUCAAGCUGUCAUCAUUACGGAUGGGUUUAACUCAUUUCUGAUGUACAAUUAUCCAAAAGGAGGAAUACAGUGGGUUGUUGAUGCGCCUGUGUAAGUUUUCAACUAUUAGUGAUCCAGUGCUAUGCCAGACAUCCUCAGGGCCGACCGCUUGUGUCCUUAAUGGCAAGAAUUCGUAUUAGUGGUGUAAGAAAUAAAAUUUCCUUAAAAGAUUGGUUUUAGAGGAGUGGCGUAUAUUUACAUCAACAAUAACUUCGAUUGAGGAUACUCAAUAGGAGAAUAGUACAUCCAACCUUAAAAGAGAGUAAAUAAUGUGACGUAGCCCUGUAGCUAAUCAUACUUUGCGGACCUCUCAGGAAACAGACUUUAGACCCUAAAUUAAAAUUCACAUUUCCCAAUGCCUUGCACUGAGCUCCCUCUACGUCCCAUCAAUCCUCUCUUGUCAAAAUAAGACCAUUAUGUUAUAAGCGGCUCAUUCUUAGAAUUUUUUUUCUCGUUAUCGUAUUGUUAAAUGGCCUUCUUCUUCAUCUAGCGGAUGAAGUUCAUGAAAAAAACUUGAAAGUAAUGUCAGCAUACUGCCCCCUCUAGAACAUUUUGUCAAUACAAAAACACUGUAAUAUAAAACGCCUCUCUUUUGUAGGAGCGACUACCGUUACUGGACACAAGCAACUGGUAUUCCUGUUGCUGGAUGGAACGCGGGAGAUGAUGGAAAUAGCAGCACAUUAAAUAUAAAAGGGUAAGAAAAGAAACUGAACCCUUAUAAAUAGACCUUUUUACCGAUACGGCGGCCACAUCGAAUUUACUAGAUUUUAGGAGUAUUAUGGGAUGCCCAGGGGGCACUCGCUCAGUAUUUACGCGCGCUUUUCGGGCCAAGGGAGAACUUCACUGUAUAUUUCUAGGAAAAAGGCCCUUAUUUUUACAUCCAAACACGGCACAACGAUCUUUUUUUCCAAUUACAAUCUUUUUCCAGGAAAACUUACAGAAAACUUGGCCCGAAAAGCGCGCAUAAAUACUGAGCGAGUACAUCGGAUCGUGGUCAUGCCCCCUGGGCAUCCGAUAAUACUCCUUAAAAGAAAUUAAUUCAAUAUGGCCGCCGUAUCGGUAGAAAGGUCUAUUAAGCUGCACCAGCUACAAAAAGGAUUUACUAUACUCAGGGGUCCUCGUCAAGUUUUGGACAAGACAGCCAGGAUGUAAACGUGGGUGGCUUGCCAGUCGAUGGCUGAGGGCAUUUUCAGGCUCUCAUUCGCCUGUCUCACACUACCACAUGAAGUAGCCUGUUUUUUUUGUUUUUUUUUAGCCGGUUGCCGGUACUGAAUGAGAACCCUGACUGGCUUCUCUCCAUAACGAAAUAACGAUAAAGGCGGAUUUCUCGAUUUCUCUUCACGUUCAGUUUUGUUUUGCGUACAUUUGCUUCAAAUUGCCAAACUUUUCAACCACUUUUCAGCAGUCCUAAAAUGAUGGAAUAAUAUGAUUAUUAAUUCUUUAAAAUGACGAGAAAAUUUAUUUUCCCCAGAAUGUGAUAAGCCCCUUUUAACCCUAGUGGGUGGUUAUACGGCAUGUUCCUGGAGACAAACACAAGACACAAACUCCGUUUUGGGUUUUCUCGUUCAUUUGGUUAGGUUCUACCCAAUCAAUGCACCCCGAAAAACAACAACACUGGUGUUCCAGACUGUGAGUAAGUCAUUUGACAAUGAUUCCGAUUUGUUCUCCUAACUUUUAAAUGGCAACUUUGACGCUAUUAUCCUGAGAAAACAGCCUACAUUUCGCAACCACUAGCUUCCCCGCGAAAUGACGUCUGAGAAACGAGCACAGACAUUCUAUAAUGAUGACGCGUCACUACCUGGGUGUUGGUAGUGCCUGCUAAUUGGUCGUGCCGUGUGGGAAAUUUUCUUCAACCAAUCAGUGGCGUCGCAUAUUGUAGGCUGUUUUAUCAGGCUAUAAUAAAGGCUCUCUUCAUAAGUAAUAGCAUAAGUAAUCCAGUUAGAUUAUUCAUUGGUUUGAACGUUUGUUUCAGCUCAGGAACGCUGGUGGCCAUGUACAACCUCGACAAAAAAGCUGGAAAUACAGGUCUGGCUGGAAGGUAUUUUUGGAGGAUCGAGAACAGAAAUAGGCGAGACGCAAAGGACAAGUGCUUUACAUGGAUCAGUCUUCAACAGCAAGCAACCAUUCUUAACCUGUACAGUUUCCGAAUUCAACUAAACCCAGCUAUGGCUUGCCCUUGUAGUUUGAGUCAGGCCUUACUGGACAGACGAUUUAUCCCAGACUGGUGGUUCACUGGACGCGAUGGGUGCUUUAUAACUAGGCGUCCUGUAUUAUUCGAUGAAGAGCGGAAGACUGUGAUGAGACAGAGGUGUUGCUACUCGAUAGAGUUUGGAUCUCUGUUGAUUGGACCUCCCAAUGGAGGUCGUUUAUAUCUUACCCCCUUUGAGCAUCGGUGGAAUGCACAGAAGGUUUUCUAUGACUCUGACCAGCAGGCAUAUGAGUUUUGUUGUUUCGGCUCUGCUUUGUGCGAUCUGUUUUACUCCUAUCGUCCAUCUGAUGACUGCGCAGAGUACAGAGUUCCCCGAAGGCGUAAGUUUUUUUUUCUUUUUUGCUAUACAUCCUUAUAUGUAAUGAAGAUGAUUGAAAUGCGGAAAUAUAAAUUUAAUGAACUUGUGAUCGUCGCAGUGGUAAUUUCCAUUUAAGCAAUUGCAAAUUAACCCGAAAAAAGUGGCCUGCUCCUAAUGUACGUAAGAGCUCAGUUGGUAGAGCACUGCAGCACUAACGCAGCGGACGUGGGUUGGAAUCCCGUGUAAGUCUCGAAAUUUUUUCGGGUUAAUUUGCAAUUGCUUAAAUUGCAACAACUGCGACGAUCAUAUCUUCGUUUAAAUAUGCUUAUAUGUAUUUGCUAUGUUCUGAGGGUGUUAAUGAUUAUGUGUCCGUUAAAAAAGUUAACGUCUAAACUUUAAAAUCAAUUGCCUCAUAUCCUUAGCCACAAUGGGCUUGAGAAAACCUUGACUAAAAAUGCUCGUAAAAUUCAAAACGUUGUGAAAAAUCUAGCUAGCUUUACUUUGUCAGCAUGGGUAGGUCUAUCGAUUAAUGUAGAACAAAUCAAAAUCAGACUUGGGUGCAAGCAGAUCUGGCGCCACAACCACACCCUAGAAUCCUCCCCCUUCCGCCUUGUGCUGUACACUAAUCUUGGUGCUGUUGCGUUUUGCCAUUACUAUGUUGUCAGCAACGUUGUUUGUGGUACGGUUUUUUAUGACAUUUGUUUGAUAAUUAUUAAGUGGUAUGAUGUGGUAUAAUGACCAAAUUUUUUUGAGAUUACCAACUGGGCUUUUGUUUUGUUAACGAAGGUUGGGCUUGGGGAGAUCCUCAUUUUGUCACACUGGACGGUGCGAAUUAUACAUUUAACGGCCUUGGCGAGUACGUGAUGAUUGACGCCCAAAAUGGAACCUUUCAACUACAGGCUAGGACAGGCCUUGCUCAAGGAAAUUCCACGACUGCAACAAUUUUUACUGCCCUGGCGGCUAAAGAGAGCAAUACUGCUUCUGUUGAAGUCAAGCUAAGAGAUGGAGGUAAGGAGUCAGAGAAAGUGGAGUUAAUCUUAUAGGACUAGGUUUCUUCAGAAAGAGAUUGGACAAACGACAUUGUUUUUCAAAUCACAAAUAGAUUGGCUCAUGACAGUGUGUUCAGUUACUGACCUUUCUCAGAGCCUUCAACUUUAAGUCUAUCCAAUUCUUUUACAUUUAGCAUCGUGAGCAGCCAUUUUGAAUUGUGUGUGACGUCAUUUCCUCCAACGUGAAACUACGAGAAGGUUUUCCAUUGUUGCUAGUUUUCCAAACUCAAAAAGCCUCGAGAGCUACACCCUUUGGGGCGGCACAAACCUGUAUAGCUUAUAUGAGGGAGUACCCCACCUCUGAAUGACAUGAAGGUCAUAUUGCAAGAUGUUGUGGUAGUUUUAUUUUAUUUUUUUUUAGUUUUACUAGCUUUUCUGGACACUGGCCUGCACAGAGGAAAUGGGCACGAACGGGACUCGUAGGUCCCAUGCAAGGUGCCAUCCCUAUCCAACCCCACAACCCGUAAAGGUUGGCCACACCGCCGGGGUCUUCGUCCCCUACUCUUUUCGAACAGUGGUGUGGGUCCUUUUACGUCCCACAUGAACAGAUCAGAGAAAGUGCUGUAAGACGGGACCUAUGGGAAGACUAGAAAGUCUAACCAUUUGCAGAUGUCAUUACAAAGGCAGCACUUUCUUCUCAGUUAUUUAAAGACCCUAGGUGUUGGUCCGGCCGGGGUUUGAACCCGCGACCUCCCACUCGGCAAGACCGGCGCUCUCUCAACUGCGCUAACCAGGCGGCGAUUAUGUAACAACAACGAAAUCACACGCAUUACUCUCACUGGCCUGCGAGCGAGCUCUCCAUGUGGGGAAGGUAGGAGAGGACUCACAUAUAGGUGUUCUCACUUAUAGGGAUAUCGCGAUAACAGUACCCAGAGAAGUAAGCAGGAAAAACAGCGAGCAGAGUAAGGAGAACGAGGACGUGGGGGACAGUUCUAUUUUCUCUCCCUCACCCUUUCUUCGGAAUUUGUUUUUUGUCUCCGCUCUCCAUUUCACGCCGCUCUCAGCUCCUACGCGGGAAACCCUAGUCCGAUCUCCAUCUUAAAAAAGUACUUGGCCUAUUAUAUUGUCAAAGGAGGUGAAUGCAAACGGCAGGAAUCAACUUUGAUAGGUGUACGUGUUAGGGAAGUGUCCACCUUGUAGAGGUUUCUGUUAAGAGAGACUCUUGGAUUUUAACUUUUAUGUUAUGCAGAGAGAUAUAAUUAUCCUUUCUGUGCCUUUUUUUUUAGGAGGAAUCGAAGUUCUGAUUGACAGGAAAGCGUACGUUGGCUACAACAAUUUGACAAAUCAAAGUGUAGAACUGAUUGACGAAAAUCUUUCUGUCUCCAAACCAGAGGAAAGCUGUUUCGAGGUAUAUUUUCCAUCAACAACAUCCAUGCAGUUUUGCGAGAACAAGAAAAUGCUUUCCUUUGUUGUAGUCCCAGCGGAAAUUUACAAAAACGCAACGAAGGGGUUGCUAGGAACUUGGAAUGAUGACCCAAGUGAUGAAUUCACACUGCCUAAUGGGACGGUGUUAGGAUCAUCUUCAUCGCUGAGAGAUAUUCACUUUGGCUUUGGUGUUACAUGUAAGUGUGAGUUGUAAUGCAGUCUUACUUGAUUAUGAAAGCGAUACAUAUCACAAUGAAAAGAAAAGACGGAUGGUCAAACGUGCCACUCGCGCUUAGAAUCUUCAAAGACAUUGACCCUCUCACUGCCAAGAGUGCCGGCCAAAGUCAAAAUACGACAAAUUUCCAAAUUUCAUUUUGUAAUAUGCUGAAAAGCAAAUUUAAAAGAUUAUUCAUUGGUUUGAACGUUUGUUUCAGCUCAGGAACGCUGGUGGCCAUGUACAACCUCGACAAAAAAGCUGGAAAUACAGGUCUGGCUGGAAGGUAUUUUUGGAGGAUCGAGAACAGAAAUAGGCGAGACGCAAAGGACAAGUGCUUUACAUGGAUCAGUCUUCAACAGCAAGCAAACAUUCUUAACCUGUACAGUUUCCGAAUUCAACUAAACCCAGCUAUGGCUUGCCCUUGCAGUUUGAGUCAGGCCUUACUGGACAGACGAUUUUUCCCAGAUUGGUGGUUCACUGGACGCGAUGGGUGCUUUAUAACUAGGCGUCCUGUAUUGUUCGAUGAAGAGCGGAAGACUGUGAUGAGACAGAGGUGUUGCUACUCGAUAGAGUUUGGAUCUCUGUUGAUUGGACCUCCCAAUGGAGGUCGUUUAUAUCUUACCCCCUUUGAGCAUCGGUGGAAUGCACAGAAGGUUUUCUAUGACUCUGACCAGCAGGCAUAUGAGUUUUGUUGUUUCGGCUCUGCUUUGUGCGAUCUGUUUUACUCCUAUCGUCCAUCUGAUGACUGCGCAGAGUACAGAGUUCCCCGAAGGCGUAAGUUUUUUUUUCUUUUUUGCUAUACAUCCUUAUAUGUAAUGAAGAUGAUUGAAAUGCGGAAAUAUAAAUUUAAUGAACUUGUGAUCGUCGCAGUGGUAAUUUCCAUUUAAGCAAUUGCAAAUUAACCCGAAAAAAGUGGCCUGCUCCUAAUGUACGUAAGAGCUCAGUUGGUAGAGCACUGCAGCACUAACGCAGCGGACGUGGGUUGGAAUCCCGUGUAAGUCUCGAAAUUUUUUCGGGUUAAUUUGCAAUUGCUUAAAUUGCAACAACUGCGACGAUCAUAUCUUCGUUUAAAUAUGCUUAUAUGUAUUUGCUAUGUUCUGAGGGUGUUAAUGAUUAUGUGUCCGUUAAAAAAGUUAACGUCUAAACUUUAAAAUCAAUUGCCUCAUAUCCUUAGCCACAAUGGGCUUGAGAAAACCUUGACUAAAAAUGCUCGUAAAAUUCAAAACGUUGUGAAAAAUCUAGCUAGCUUUACUUUGUCAGCAUGGGUAGGUCUAUCGAUUAAUGUAGAACAAAUCAAAAUCAGACUUGGGUGCAAGCAGAUCUGGCGCCACAACCACACCCUAGAAUCCUCCCCCUUCCGCCUUGUGCUGUACACUAAUCUUGGUGCUGUUGCGUUUUGCCAUUACUAUGUUGUCAGCAACGUUGUUUGUGGUACGGUUUUUUAUGACAUUUGUUUGAUAAUUAUUAAGUGGUAUGAUGUGGUAUAAUGACCAAAUUUUUUUGAGAUUACCAACUGGGCUUUUGUUUUGUUAACGAAGGUUGGGCUUGGGGAGAUCCUCAUUUUGUCACACUGGACGGUGCGAAUUAUACAUUUAACGGCCUUGGCGAGUACGUGAUGAUUGACGCCCAAAAUGGAACCUUUCAACUACAGGCUAGGACAGGCCUUGCUCAAGGAAAUUCCACGACUGCAACAAUUUUUACUGCCUUGGCGGCUAAAGAGAGCAAUACUGCUUCUGUUGAAGUCAAGCUAAGAGAUGGAGGUAAGGAGUCAGAGAAAGUGGAGUUAAUCUUAUAGGACUAGGUUUCUUCAGAAAGAGAUUGGACAAACGACAUUGUUUUUCAAAUCACAAAUAGAUUGGCUCAUGACAGUGUGUUCAGUUACUGACCUUUCUCAGAGCCUUCAACUUUAAGUCUAUCCAAUUCUUUUACAUUUAGCAUCGUGAGCAGCCAUUUUGAAUUGUGUGUGACGUCAUUUCCUCCAACGUGAAACUACGAGAAGGUUUUCCAUUGUUGCUAGUUUUCCAAACUCAAAAAGCCUCGAGAGCUACACCCUUUGGGGCGGCACAAACCUGUAUAGCUUAUAUGAGGGAGUACCCCACCUCUGAAUGACAUGAAGGUCAUAUUGCAAGAUGUUGUGGUAGUUUUAUUUUAUUUUUUUUUAGUUUUACUAGCUUUUCUGGACACUGGCCUGCACAGAGGAAAUGGGCACGAACGGGACUCGUAGGUCCCAUGCAAGGUGCCAUCCCUAUCCAACCCCACAACCCGUAAAGGUUGGCCACACCGCCGGGGUCUUCGUCCCCUACUCUUUUCGAACAGUGGUGUGGGUCCUUUUACGUCCCACAUGAACAGAUCAGAGAAAGUGCUGUAAGACGGGACCUAUGGGAAGACUAGAAAGUCUAACCAUUUGCAGAUGUCAUUACAAAGGCAGCACUUUCUUCUCAGUUAUUUAAAGACCCUAGGUGUUGGUCCGGCCGGGGUUUGAACCCGCGACCUCCCACUCGGCAAGACCGGCGCUCUCUCAACUGCGCUAACCAGGCGGCGAUUAUGUAACAACAACGAAAUCACACGCAUUACUCUCACUGGCCUGCGAGCGAGCUCUCCAUGUGGGGAAGGUAGGAGAGGACUCACAUAUAGGUGUUCUCACUUAUAGGGAUAUCGCGAUAACAGUACCCAGAGAAGUAAGCAGGAAAAACAGCGAGCAGAGUAAGGAGAACGAGGACGUGGGGGACAGUUCUAUUUUCUCUCCCUCACCCUUUCUUCGGAAUUUGUUUUUUGUCUCCGCUCUCCAUUUCACGCCGCUCUCAGCUCCUACGCGGGAAACCCUAGUCCGAUCUCCAUCUUAAAAAAGUACUUGGCCUAUUAUAUUGUCAAAGGAGGUGAAUGCAAACGGCAGGAAUCAACUUUGAUAGGUGUACGUGUUAGGGAAGUGUCCACCUUGUAGAGGUUUCUGUUAAGAGAGACUCUUGGAUUUUAACUUUUAUGUUAUGCAGAGAGAUAUAAUUAUCCUUUCUGUGCCUUUUUUUUUAGGAGGAAUCGAAGUUCUGAUUGACAGGAAAGCGUACGUUGGCUACAACAAUUUGACAAAUCAAAGUGUAGAACUGAUUGACGAAAAUCUUUCUAUCUCCAAACCAGAGGAAAGCUGUUUCGAGGUAUAUUUUCCAUCAACAACAUCCAUGCAGUUUUGCGAGAACAAGAAAAUGCUUUCCUUUGUUGUAGUCCCAGCGGAAAUUUACAAAAACGCAACGAAGGGGUUGCUAGGAACUUGGAAUGAUGACCCAAGUGAUGAAUUCACACUGCCUAAUGGGACGGUGUUAAGAUCAUCUUCAUCGCUGAGAGAUAUUCACUUUGGCUUUGGUGUUACAUGUAAGUGUGAGUUGUGAUGCAGUCUUACUUGAUUAUGAAAGCGAUAGAUAUCACAAUGAAAAGAAAAGACGGAUGGUCAAACGUGCCACUCGCGCUUAGAAUCUUCAAAGACAUUGACCCUCUCACUGCCAAGAGUGCCGGCCAAAGUCAAAAUACGACAAAUUUCCAAAUUUCAUUUUGUAAUAUGCUGAAAAGCAAAUUUAAUAGUACUAUGUGAAAGUAAUGCAAACGACGUUUUAUUUGAAUGGUCACACCAUAGGAUUUCGUCGACAGACUCAAAAGUUACGACCACAUUACAAGACUCCAGCCUUUAGUACUCUGGCAAUGAAAGGGUUAGCAUCACGACUUCUGUAAAGGACAAGACAUAAGAACAAUACCUUUUCAUUGAUUUCGUGAUUUUCAUGCUUUGAUCCUAGUUACUAGCGUAGUUAUAAUGUUUACCUGAUUUUCUAUUGGUUUUGUAAUGAGAUAUUUCGGCGUCCCCACGCGGGUAUAAAAGCGCGCGUUAGCGUCCUUUUGGUCAGGAAAAGUCAAGUAGGAUUCGUGUCGUAACAUCGUUUUUGUGGUUUGUUUUAACCUUUGGUACAAGCGGGACCGAUAUGUAAGUGAUUUCUUUUGUUUAGUUCUUUGUUUAGUUUCGUUCUUUAGUCUGUGGGCAAAAGUACACGAAUGUUACUGUACAAGUAUACAGAUUUAAGUUUAAUUGAUUUAUAAUUGUUUCAUGAGCGAAAAGCGGAUUUGAACGCCUGUUAGAGCAACGCCCACACUUUUGCUUUAUAGUACAAGGAUUAAGAUCAGAUUUAUAGAGUUAUUGUCUAAUUUCAGUUUAUGUAGCCUUUAAUUAGAUUUUACCGUCUUGUUAUCGACCUAAUCGUUAUAGAAUCGCUUUAUUACCGUUUUCAAGCUUCAGUUUGUUGAUUACGCGUUAUUUGUCUUAGUAUCGCCCUUUUGCCAAAUUGAUAGAGAUUUUUGUAUUGUUAUUUCAGUUUACGGUCAAUCUUUGGUCUAUAGAUUUUGGUCUUUGGAAUCUGGAAUUAAAUCACCGUUAACCGUCACCUUUGGUUUUCCGUGGUUUUCUUGUUUAACCGACCCGUAAAAUAGUCCCUAACCUAACCUGCUGCGACAGACCCCUCGAAGUUUCGUUUCUCGUUUGUUUGUUUGUUUGGGUCGUCGCCAGCCACAACUUCAAUUAGUCAAUAACAUCAAAUCAGAGUUCAAUUGACCAUAAAAAACUCGCUUUCACUCUGAAAAUGACUACCACAAAGGAUGUCAACACUUCAGUCACUUAAUCUACAACAGUCCUAUUCGAUUUCGAGUUUACACUUACCUGGACGAAUAUAUUCAACUUACUCCUGGCUCCUGAGUUCAAACCAUUUACAAUACAGUUAUAUUGCUAAACACUGUAGAUUACGUAGAUUACGUACGUACUUAUGUAAUUAUGCCAUUGCACUACAGUACCAAUUGGAGGCCCUUUAAGACGCGUAACUAUCCAAACUAGGUCAAACGAGGGUCGAACCUACAACCCUGGUGAAAACGUGUUGGGACACUUAAGGAGAUGAGGUGCGAAAACACACCCUGCUUAUUAAAAUCGUAUUUAACCUGUUAUAAAUGCUUGGAAAUGUUGUUGAAAGAGCCUGUUUCUGCUGUCCCCCUCCCCUCAGCCAUGUUGAUUGUGUUCAGAAAGAUUUGAAGCCAUAACGUUAAUACUGAACCGGGGGGGACGGGAGGGAAGAGAAAAUGCGUCAUUUUAACCAGCUGUUGCGUUAAUGUCCAAAGAGUUUUGACCAGGGUUGUAGCUAUAAACUUUUACAACAAUACCUUUUUUUCUUGUAAGUGGAGCAGUUAUAUUUGGUAUUCUAAAGAGACUUCGUGCAGUUCUGAUUGCUUUAGUCUCAAAUGUGGCAUGAACUAGCACAGGAGCAUCGCGUAAGCAGAGUUAUAUUUGCUAACGAAUGUGUCGCAAUAUUUUAGGGCAACUCACACAAGUCCAAUCUUUGUUCACUUACGGUGAAAAUGAAAGCGUGGACACUUUUGCCAGGCCUGACUUUGUGCCCAUGUUCUCCGACAAUAUCGUUUGGUCUGACAACAGCGUAAGAUUAGCUGCCGAAGAGCAAUGUGGGAACGAUAAAGAGUGCUUAUUUGACGUAGCCUCCACAANAGAGAAAAUGCGUCAUUUUAACCAGCUGUUGCGUUAAUGUCCAAAGAGUUUUGACCAGGGUUGUAGCUAUAAACUUUUACAACAAUACCUUUUUUUCUUGUAAGUGGAGCAGUUAUAUUUGGUAUUCUAAAGAGACUUCGUGCAGUUCUGAUUGCUUUAGUCUCAAAUGAGGCAUGAACUAGCACAGGAGCAUCGCGUAAGCAGAGUUAUAUUUGCUAACGAAUGUGUCGCAAUAUUUUAGGGCAACUCACACAAGUCCAAUCUUUGUUCACUUACGGUGAAAAUGAAAGCGUGGACACUUUUGCCAGGCCUGACUUUGUGCCCAUGUUCUCCGACAAUAUCGUUUGGUCUGACAACAGCGUAAGAUUAGCUGCCGAAGAGCAAUGUGGGAACGAUAAAGAGUGCUUAUUUGACGUAGCCUCCACAAAUGACCUGUCCGUUGGUAUCGCAACCAAAGACAUAAGUGCACAGCUGGUGAACGAAUCAAACAUUCUUGGUAAGUUGUGUGCAUGGCUAAUAUUUCAAGGAAAGGGGGUAAACAUAUACAGUGAAACCUCCAUUAAGCCAACCCCCAACAAAGCGGACACCCUCUAUUAAGCGGACACUAAGCCAGGUCCCGAAGGUGUCUGCUUAAUAAAGGCAGUUGUUAACACCAGCGUGUGCCUCACCCUUUGGCGGGGAUUAUCGGUAUUUGAAAAAUAUGGUUAAAAAUUAGUAAAUGUGGCCUCGUCCUUACAAACGAAAGCCAGCUUAAGCCAGCUUAUUUAUCUACUGCCUUAAUAUAUGAUUUUGAAUUCGAUGUUGAUAAUUUUUUAUAUUUUACGUAACAUGAAAUAUAAUCAUUUCCCUCCUUAAUUCCAAGACACACCACCUACACCGCCCUGACUGGGACAGCGGAACAUUUAACCAAAUUUGGGAGAGGAGAGCGGAAUUAAUUAAGAAAGUGACUUGCAAUGGGGAGGCUCAGUAAUUCUUUAUGUCAUAAGGAAAAAGGGGGACUAGCCCCCCAGCAACCCCUUGGGCUUCGCUAAUCCUGACUGAAGGACUGGGUCAUGUAGCAGCUGCUCGGAAGAAAAGUCACCAAUGGUGCGAUUCCCUAGUCCCAAACAAUACUGAAACAAUUGGAAGAAUGACAUGUCAUUGUUUCCUGUGACCAAUUAGGAGAGACCUUAUUAGCAGCUCCCACACUACUUGAAGGAUUAACCCCGUGGCCAGGAGGCUCACCGGCUUUCCAUAGAAAAGGCUUUUGAGGCUUUGUUGGAUUAAUUUAGGUUUCUGGGAAACUCACCGCCUACCCCUCCCCUAAGCCAACAUUUCGCCCUAAGUGAGAAGUAAGUGCUAAUGCUAGCUUAGGGGAGGUGUAGGUGGGCAGUUUCCCAGAAACCUAAAUUGAUCUGCUGCGUUCACACUAUACCGGAUAGCUUUUGCACCAGCACGUAGGGCUCCUGUUCACACAUAAGAACGGUGAUUUUGGCGCGAUUUCUGCAACGGAGCGAAGUUGCGCCUCGCGUAUCUCUUAAGUGGAGUGUCACGUAUCACUCUGCUAUUGUGUGAACAUAGCCUAAGAUACGUUAACGGUUUAGUUUGAAUUACUUCAUUUUUUUUUUCUUUUUAAAGAGAACUUUCCGCCCAAGUUUAUAAAUCUACCAAGUGCAUUGAAUGUUACACUUCACGAAACACUUCAGUUGGAGAUUACUGCUGAAGAUGACGGCAUGAUAACCUUUGUAGUACUAAAUAAACCUCAUGGGGCCACAGAAAACCAAACUGGAAAUGUUCUUCAAUUUAUGUGGCCCGUUAAUUCAACAAAAAGGGUAGGCGGCCUUGCUAACUGAUUUAUGAUUAUUUAAAUUAACUCGUGGAAAAAGGGUUAUAGACAGUAGACGUCAGCAUCGGGCAAUGCAGCCAACGGCAAGCACACCAAAUAGCCCCAAAUGAUAUGGAAAACGCAAGAAAAGGGAUCGGCACCUCGAGUUUAGCUGCACCUGUUACACGGAGGUUAUGCAGUGGAGAAACCAUUUUGGGACCUAUUUAUGUUCCAGUGCUUCCAGCCGUGAGGAAGAGGGGGGAGGAGGGUUCAAAAAAAGUUGCCACAGGUAAUGGUAACACAGUUAAAACCCUGCGACCAGACGAGGAAUGCGCGCUGCGCAUGCCGAGAGUAGCAAUUCGCAGACUUGCUCAAUUACCCAGUUAACUAUGAUGUGCGCAGUAACUCUCUUUUGAAGUUCAUCCAUCUUGACAUUUUAAGAAGUGUUUGCACGAGAUUAUAAACCUUAUCUAUAUCAAUCGUAUAUAUACAUCAAUCUUUUAAGAAGUGUUUACGCGAGAUUAUAAACCUUAUCUAUAUCAAUCUCUUUAUUCUUAUAUUGUUACGUUCUUUUAGGGAAGCUAGAUCAGAACACCGGUGUUUUGGGUAGAAGUCCCAUAUUUACCACUUUUUAAUUACACUGUAGCUUCAGGAUUUCUCUAAUUCCUGAGCUCCGAGGCAUUUUUAAAAGUUAUAAACGAACGCGCGUAUCAUGUGGUCAUUAUUUUUAAGGAGGGCGAGGAGUGCGUUCUCUAUUUAAUGGGCCUUCUCAUUGUUUUAGAACCAGCAUAUCAUUAUUGUGUUCAAUAGAAUAGAUUAGUUGGCAAUGUUUCAUAAUGACCCUUUGUUCCCCUUAGUGACCUGCUCUUCCAUUUUUUUGACGUUAUCAGGAACAGUGGAGGAUUUGGUUGGUGAUACAACUAUAAACCAGUGGAGGAUCUAGGGGAGGGGUCCCCGCCUUAUUUUUAGACCAAACUUCUCGAUUCGUCAGUGUAACUGAAGGUGUUGUUUUUGUUUUCAGGUUAAUAUAUCGUUUGUAGCGAUUGAUGACAAAGGAGCAAGUACCACCUGGACCCCGACAAUAAACAUGUGCGCCUGCCAACAUGGUGGUCAGUGUGUCCCACCAGAGGAAGGUGACGUACUCAACACUGACAGCAAAUUUGUGUAUUCAGGGUGCGCAUGUCAGGACGGUUACUCAGGAAGGUUCUGCGAUAGUAACCUUGAUGCCUGCGAGGUGAGUGGUCAGCCGUGUUACGCAGGUGUUGAAUGCGUUGACCUACCACCGCCAGCUAAUGCUACUGGAUACACAUGUGGACCCUGUCCAACCGGUUUUACCGGAAACGGUGCUCAGUGUGCGGGUAAGUGGAAUUGAGGUACAUUUGUGUAUUACUAAGUUCAACUUACGCAGAAAACCAUCAUCGUCAUCAUCAUCAUCAUCGUCGUCGUCGACAUCAUCAUCACCAUUUAAGAGGAAGUUGUCCUUCGGGAUGGUACUUUUCUUACCUAAAUCAGUGAAGAGGAGGAUAUGCCUAAAUUUAUCACGGCUUCAACAAACUGAAAACGCAUGUCCUCUAACCAUCCUUCGAGCAAACGUUCAGCACAGAAGACGGGUUAAUUACGAGAGGGCUAGAGACAGGGCUCUCUUCUCGGGGCCCCCCGCCAGUCUGGUCGAGAAUUUGCUGUUCAACCUCGUCCCCAGGGCUUUUCCCUUAAAAAAUCAUUGCAAAUUAAUAACGUUCAAUGUUUUUCAUGUUAAAUUAUCUAGAUAUAGAUGAAUGUGAUAGCGGUCAAUCAAACAACUGCGAGCAACUCUGCACCAAUCUACCGGGGUCGUUCUUCUGUGAUUGUCGUGAAGGCUUUAAGCUUAAUGCUGAUACACGCAGUUGUGACGGUAAGAUGUAAUUUCUUGGUGUCAUCACAGCUCAUAGGAAAUGCUAACUGAUACACAGGGAACUGGACAUCCACCCAUUUCCGCUCUUAACAUCAAGUACCCAUAGAAACAUCAUCACCGCGCGGUGAUUAUAACAUUGAAGGCUAGCAUUUUCAAAAAUGACAGCCAGAUUUCUUGAUGUUUCGGAGUCGUAAACUGUUUAAUUUAAAGAAAAUGCUGUUCCUCAAAAAACAAAAGAUGCUACAAAAUUUGGACCGACAGUUUAAAGCCCCAAAAUCUUUCAAAAAUGUGUCUCUUUUUCAUUUUAUUUUCUCGAAUAAUCAUCAAUGUAAUUAUACUAAAACAAUUAGUCCCCUCAGGCGACGUAAAUAUCGGCGAAUAGUCACCGAGACGAUUCGCCGAUUGUUAAAUACUAUAUGGCUACAAUUAGUAAGCCAAUGAUCCUCUUUUGAAAAAAUAAAUGAAGUCUAAAACAUGAACUGGCAUUCACUACGAAUUUCCAUUUUAAUUCAAUACCAAAGUGCAUGUUAUGGGUCACAUGGUUCAUAACUUAAUUUCCGUCAAUAGGACGCUAAGUUCUUUAACCUCAGUGUACAACGUAACUUGCGGUCAGACGUUCCUCGCCUGUUCGGCGAGUUCUCUUUUUGACUAUAAUAUAAUGAAUCGUUUAUUUUGGCCAACCUUGUUCGGUGAAGAUGACUUGAUAUUUCUGGGAAACUGCCCACCUACAUGUACCCCUCCCCUAAACCAACAUUUUGCCCUAAGUAAGUGUUAAUGUCGGCUUAGGGGAUGGGGUAGGUGAGCAGUUUCCCAGAAACUUAUUAUGAUCCGAUAUUAUUUGGUGCCAUUCUUUUUUGCGUUGAUAUCAACCUCGACUUUUCCUCGGUUCAUAAAAAAAGGGAAAAAGAACUUGGCCAAUAUCACGCAGCCUUUUUGACCCCAAGCUUGGUCAUGUUUUCCCUGCAGAUAUCAAUGAAUGUCAACCAACGAGUGACUGCAUGCAGCAAUGUACCAACACUCAGGGCAGCUACACAUGUUCAUGCAACGAGUAUUUCACACAAGAUCCUAACAACUGGAAAAAUUGCACAGGUAACUUCAUUCUUUUAUUCAAUUACUGAAGAAAACAAAGUCGUUUUAAUAUUUGACGAUUUUCAAAACUGAUAUUUAGACGGAAAAACUUCAAUACCAGGUUCCAUGAAAAUAUUAACAUUCAGGCAAAACGGUUUAAAUUCCAUAUCCAUAUCCAGAUGAUUUUGUUAUACUUCGUAUAUCGUUCACCCAUCCUUUCAAACUGUGUAGUUUUAUGUUUAUGCACAGGUUUCCACCCAGGUUGUCGACAGGUUGUUUGUGUAAUUGGUAAGCACCCAUGCAUUUAUCAGCUGACUAAUGUGUAUUGUUCUCGUAGCUAUAAACCCUUGUUCUGCUGAUCAUGGAUGCUCACAGGUUUGCUUCAAAGGAGCGGGUAACCAGCCAACAUGUGCUUGUUUCACAGGCUACGAACUGCAGUCUGAUGGAAAGACAUGCAAAGGUGAAUUUUUGCUCUUUUUUUUGUUUGUUUUUUGUUUUUGUUUUUUUGUUUUUCUCUUAACUCUCUGCACGUAAUUGGCCCAUAACUCCAAAUGAAGUGUCUGAAGUCAAAACUUAAAGUCUGUUUUCAAAAAGACAACAAUUUCUCUUGAUUGGUAGACUUUCCUCAUUGAUGGUUUCUGAAUUCCUGAGUGUGAGGAUGGUGUUUGAAACCAAACGUGUCUUAAAUCUACCACAAUGAUAACACAUUCCACUUUGACAAGGGGUCCGUCACUGAGCGUGUAUUGAAAAACUCUGAAUUUAAUUUUGUAAGAUCUAAAACGUUUCAUUGAAAUGCUGAAAUCAUAUAGGACUAUAGGGACAGCUCGGCCGGUUAGUCGUUUAUAUAAAGUAUAAAGAGAAGAGGACCUACAAUAGUACCUUGAGGAAUCCGAAAUGUUAGAACUGGUUUACUUGACAAACUAAAGAGUUAGUACAAGGUGACUGCCUUUCUUCACAAAUUCCCUCCGGGUCUAAAGCUAGCCUUUAAUGAGCUUUGCAUUGAUGCGUAAUACGUAUGUAUGCAUGUAUGUCAAAAAGGAGGUAGUGUUUCAUGACAAGAAAAACCACUGAGACUGAGAGAUUUGAAAAUUAUGACACGCAGUGAAGUAUUCAGUAUUGACCACUACAGAAAAUACCAUAACAUACCAUAAUGUUCCCUUUUUGUCAACCCAAAAUUUUGCUUAAGCAGUGUCUUCAGUUUCUCUUGGGAGUUAAAAAGGCCCCAAGAGAAACUGAAAACAAGGCUUAUGCAAAAUCUUUGGGUGACAAACAAAGAGCAUUAUGGUAUGUUAUGGUAUUUUCUAUAGCGGUCAAUUGAAAAACUUCAAGACGUUUGAUCUAAUGUAAUAAAAUACUGGUCGAACCUUUGUUAUUACUUCUCAAAAGAAAGUGAUUUCAGGGAAGGAGAAAUCAAGCAUAAAAAUGAGGAGUUUUAAAUUUUAUUUCCAAACACUCACACUUUUAUUUUCCUGGUAUUUUCUUUAUGAUUUAUUGAUGAGAUAUUUGUGGAAAUUGUAGUUAUUGCCGAAAAACUAUAGAUCAGAAUUUGUAAUUAAAACAAAUGUGCAAAGCGUAGCUUCGUGCAUUUGCCUGACAAACUGAUUGGUAUUUUUCAUCUCGGGCCUGCAUUUCCGUUCGUCACCUGAGCUAAACAAAACUCCCUCGCUUGAUGAUCCCAAGAUUCAAGAAAGUGUUAUUCAUGAUUACUAUUGUUUAAAUUGUUUAAUUUACUCAUCCCUAUAAUAUUUAUAACCAUUCUUUUUACGCCUUCAUCUUUUCAGAUAUCAAUGAAUGUGAUCCGGUAAUGCCUCGUCAUCGCUGCUUACAGCUUUGUGAAAAUACCCCUGGGAGUUUUAACUGCUCGUGCAUUACGGGAUUCCAGUUGACCAAAGAUGGAUACGGAUGUGAAGGUUUAUAAGCUACAACUACCAAUCAUAGAAUCUGAUUCAGCUUAACUAUAAAUUUCUUCCGCACACCUGUACCACUGAUCACAAAAUUGAAAAGCUUAUAUGUGACUUCAUGAGACAAAUUCAGGAAAAAUUGAAAUUUAUGAAUACCUAUCCCUUUCUAAGAGUCGCCAGUGUUGUUGAAUCUCACGAUGACGCACCUCAAUGGUAUGUUUUACCUUUAAAAAAAAUAGGACGAAACCACAUGGACGAAGGGAAAAUCGUCCAAACUUCGUAUAAAUUUUUCUUCUUUUACUUGCUAUGGCUCCUAAUUAAGCCCAGUAAAAUAGUUGCUUGAAAACCCGAAACAAAUACACGUUUCUGAGUGGCUAGAAAGAAAUACAUACAGUAAAAAUCCACGUCUAAGAACCUAAAAUUUAAGAACCUGUUAGGCCAAAAUUUUCAUUUUAAACCCCCUUUUCAUAAGAACCUAUUUAGCCUAAAAUUUUCAGUAGGUUCUUAUUUUACAAAAAUGAAGCCAGAGAAGAAAAUACAGCCGGAAAAUAAAUUAAGUCUAGGUUUCAGUCAGUAAGAUUCAAAAUGUAACACAGCAUUUUAAGGAUACUACAGCGUGAAAGACAUGCAUGCUAGUAGUUUGGAAAGAUAAAAUUACUGCAUGGUUAUCAUCUAAACUGUAUUCUAUAUAAUUAUUUAAUACAGCAACAUAUUCCAUAUCACAUAUGCCCUGUAGUGGUUAUCUGUGCUGAUCGCUGGUGCCCCCGCCAAAUUAAGAACCUAUUUCAGAACCUAAGUAGCCUAAAAUCGCACUAAAUACCUUUUCUAUAAGAACCUAUUUAGGCUAAGUUGGAAAAAUCUAGGUUGUUAUACGUGGGUUUUUACUGUGUAUGUAUACCAUCAAAGGUUGUGAUAUUUUAUGGUAAAUCGCUUAAUUCGCUUUGUUAUUUUAUAGACGUUAACGAGUGCUUGUUUGAGGAGUUAUACACCUGUGUUGACGAGUUUCAAAGGUGCGUUAACACUCUGGGCUCAUACAAGUGUGAAUGUGACCAAGGACUGUAUUUCAUUGAUGGAAAAUGCAGAGGUAAGAAAAAUUUCACUCCACUUCGCAUUUAUUUUCGUUUUUCAUUUCAUUUCUGGCUUGAGUGGCAGUGUAGGUGACCACGGCGGACUCCAAUCUCUCGAUGACUUCCACUGUAACCUCUUACAGUGUUUACAAAUGUAGUUUCAAAAAAGGGAAGGGUUGUUUUGACUUUGCAAUUCCCACUUUUGUGAUUGGCUAAAAGACUUCAUGCCACUUGUGAUCAUUACAUGCUCAGUCACGUGCCACUCGAGUGCACCUUCUUGCCUUUAGCACCCAUUACAUACCCAACACUAUUCAAUGGUUAAUGUGAUUCUCUGCGCGUAAUGUUUACUGGCGAUAUGUCUGGAAUCUACGAAGAACUCGACGAAAUUGCUUGUGGUAAUAAAAUUCAAAGGACACUUUACUGUUUUGUUUUUUUAGGUUUAAAUAGAAACGAAACCGCUCCAACUCCUACUAUUCCCCCGGCGCGUGUUCCGUCACUAGAGGAAGAGAAAGAAGCUGUAAAAUUCUCAAUUCCACUUACUACAGACCAAGUAAGUGAGUGAAGAAUUAAGGUUCUCCAGCCCUCCAACAAACCGCCUUAUCCCCGAUCACGUGUAAAUUUGUAAACGUCAGGUGUUUAAGUAGCCUGGGAAAACAGUCGACAUUUCUCGACGUCACCAAUGGUUUCCCCGCGAAAUGACCUCUGCGAAACUGGAGCAGAAAUUCCAUACUGAUGAGGUGUCACUGCCCUGGUCUGGGUAGUGUUUCUGGUCGGUUUAAAACUUAUUUCUGUUUGAAAACGAUGUUAUAAUUAUACAGCAGACGUCGGCCAGUUAAUGUGUAAUGCUCUAGCAAAUGCUGCAAGACACAAAUGAGCCAGUUACGAUUGGUUUUUCUCCUUAUUUAAGCCUUUACUGAAGCCCAGAAUCUCAUAAGGGGUUGAACUCUUAUGAGUUUCUGUGAAGUCUCAAUAGCUCCCCACAGUUCCUUAAAAACGUUAGUCGAGAGAACUUUUUUUGAGAAUAAAAGCAUUUCCCUCAGGUGAUCAUUUCAUUCUUUCAUUUAUUCUCAUAACCUUUCCUCUUGAUAAUGUAUUUGCAUCCUUUGAAAAAAAUUGUUGUUGGUCAGUCAAGGGUAAAUGACUGAUCUUAAGACGUAAAACGUAGCUAUACAAACUACUCCUGAAAGCCGCUCUUUUUCUACUCGAUAAUGGUGAAGCCGAGCAAAUUAAUCAUUGUUUGCCAAGCAAUCACGAUUUUUAGAGAUGAGAAACAGUUUAGUUUUGGAGAAGAAUAUAUAUCUAAGAAGAAGAGGACACUACACCAUUUCCAUUUAUGUUUUACUUUGUUAAUUACCUAAAGCGUACAACGGACGGCUUCAUUUUUUGACUUUUGUUAAUUAUUUGACAGUAUGAAUGGGACUUCCAAACCGACAAGUCUUUCAAGGAAAAAGUUGCUUCUGUUACGACCAGCUACUGUACUAGGAACAGAAGAAAAUGUGCGCUGAAGGAGGCAAAACGAAAAAGGUAAUUAUCAAAUGCGAAGCAGUAAAUGAGUUUUUCUAACGUAUUUACACAAACCCCUCCUCUAUAAAAAGUUUUUUUGGCGGGAAAAUUCGAAAGUUGAUACAGUGAAACCUCUACUAAGCGGACACCUUCGGGACCUUCCCAAGUGUCUGCUUAAUAGAGGGUGUCUGCUUAAUAGAGUUUUGUAAAAAUUGCGCAAUGUUUGUUAAGUUCCAUUUUGCUGAGGAAACUAAGGAAGCUAAGGAAGCUAUACUGUACUUUGCGCAAGACUUUUAGGUGAACUUUGAUCGCGGAUGACAAUUAUACUGCCACAUAUUGGUCUAAUAUACAGUUUACUGACAGCUAAAUGUAUUGAUUUACCUUUAUUAAUCGACUACAGUACGUAUUUCAAGGAAGUAAUCCAAUACUACUAUUGUCAAUUCAGUCCGGUGUCCGCUUAAUAGAGGUUUUUACCAAUAGAAAUUAGCCACUACGAUUUAUUUUAGUGUCCGCGUCCGCUUAAUAGAAGUGUUCGCUGGUUAGGGGUUCGUUAUAAAGGGAAAUAUAAGACGUUAAUUUCAGGAGCUAGAGGUUUCGCUGUAUGUGUUUUCUACCUCCUACUUAUAGUCAGGGGCAGGAGCUCAUAUGAGCUCUUGUCAAGGUCGCUAUUAGAGACUAUUGAGAUUGAACAAUUACCCACUCUUUUGUAUGACCAGACGCGCCCUCCCUUUCGACUUCUAUACCGCUGACCAAGUCAACCUUUUGCCUGAUUACCCAAGCAACGCGUCUGGCUCCCUCCAGGUGGCUUUUUACGUCUUACAGCCGCUGGGACUUUUCAUCGGAAAUACCUCCGUAUUACCUCGAGACACGCUCGUCGACAUUGUUAAAACACACGAAUCCGAGAUCGAGGCAACCAUCGGCGCCAACAUUUCACGCGUGGAAACUUUGUUUCAAUCUCCUUCGACACCAACAACAAAACAAACGACAACAAUGAUACCAACGGAAGUAAAAGAGAGCGAUGAAGCGAGCAAGUGGAUUGCAAUUGGUGUUGGAAUUGGAGUGUUUGUUACCAUUUUGAUUUUGUUGGUAAUUUUAUGGUAA